UAAGGGCAACGUUACUGUUUGCGUGUAAGAAUAUUGCGAUAUCUCAAUAGCUUACGCUAUUUGACUGGCAUGUUACAUUAUGUUCUACAAAAUUUCAAUAAGCUCACGAUUGUUUGUAUAACUAUAUGUCUGUUUAUGUUACUUUUGUUAUCAUAUAUGGCUUCCGGUUCCGCCAUUAAAAAUAGAGGCUUGACUCGCAGGAAGGAAGUCGGUAAAGCAAGAAACUCUGGAAAGUGUUCUUCGUAGCAUGGUAAUGUCAAACUGUGAAAACCCUGAACAGUUUUAUGGGAGUAAGUGGAAAAGAUGACCAGUUCAAGGACAAUUCAUAUAUUUCUUGGAGCCCCUGUCAUCCCUGCACCGUCAGGCGGGGUGCAAGAGCAUGCUGAGGGGAGGCAUAACGUGGGAACAUGGAAAGAGGAAAGAUAUAGUUAUAAUAACAAGCGUGUCUGUUUGCAGAGUGCCAAUUACAAUAUGGCUCUUCAUAAUAAUAAGGAAUCUUCAAUACAUGAUGGGAGGCAGGUGCAUAGUAUAUCCCAUUCACUGACCAACACAGUGGAACUAGAAAAAAAAUGUGCUUCUAAAAGUAUUAAUGAUUUGCUCUUCAUUACACAGCAUGCCCAGGCUAAGCCAAAUCCUGAACUAUCUCCAUUAAACCUAAACCACAUUCUAAAGGUUGAUCUCCAUGCCAACUUACCUACAAGCCCAGAACAACGUAAAGGAACAAGAAUGCCAUGCGAGAAUGUGUUAGCUUCGACAAACACUGAAUUUCUGUCCGUUGUUACAUCCAGCCAGGUAGCUGUAUUGGGUAGUGGGCAUGUGUAUGAGCAAGAUGACAAAACCUUUCAGGAGAGAGAAAGCAAGAAUUCAGAUGCUGAGAAGGCACUGGAUUUUUUCGAAGAAAAUGCUGUAUUGCCAUGUAAGAUUCAGAAGCAGAGGCAGGAAUAUUCAGACAGUUCACUUGAACUUUUUACACCACCAACACAUGAUCCUAAAAUGACAUCCUUUAUACAAGUCACGCAAGAAGGGAUGAAGAGUUCAGAACCAAAAGAUAUAAGCUCUGACACUAUGAGGACAGCUGUCUCUAAAAGGCCAAGAGUCUGCGAAGAUUUUCCAGCCUUUUCCCAGGCGCCUCUCAGAAUACAGAGUGCUAAAAAGGUUAAACAAUUGGAUGACACUGAUAAACACAAGCCGAAAGGUGGAAGGCAUAGAAAUCAUCCUGGACUGAAAUCAUCAAAACCUGUGUUUCUUCUGGCAAAUUGCUCUGACAAAAAGAGAGAGUACAAUGUCUUGGUUACUGUGGUACAUCCCUGCCAUUUAAAAGAAAUACAUAUAAAAUCUGGACCCAAUGCAGGAUCUCUAAUUCCUUUAGCUACAAUAGUAGUUUUGGAUCAAUCAGAUGUUGAAUGCAAGGUCGUUUUAUGGAGGUCUGCUGCAUUUUGGACUUUAGCAGUAUUUCCUGGAGACAUAAUAAUGCUGACAAAUUUGACAGUCCACGAGGACAGAUGGAGUAAUGAAAUGUUACUGCACUCCACAUCUCAGAGUCAGCUGUUGAAUCUUGGAAAUUGUUCUACUGUAAACUCUGAAGAAUGGUCACACAUGGUGGACUGCACAACCCUUCAGGAGUUAGUUAACUAUUUAUCCACCAAGCAUCAGUAUCUAAAGAACAUUGUACCUCAAAAGACCCAGAAAUUGGACUCUGUAUCAUAUAUAAGGCUUGACAAAUUGCAGCCAGAAAUAUUAGUACACUCGGUGUUAAAAGUUUGUGGUAUUUCUUUGUUGACAGAAUGUGUGUAUCACUACAAAGGACAAAAACAAAACAAAGUGAUUCUGACUGUAGAAGAGGUCAGGUGGCAUACACAUACCAUGGUACUGUGGGGUUCUAGUAUUUCUUGGUGUGAUCAAAUCCGACUCAAAAGAGACCACAUUUGGGAUUUUAGAUAUUUAUACACCAGGAGAAAUACAGUGUCUGGUGAUAUAGAGCUACACACUACCCCAUGGUCAUCUUGUGAAUGUUUAUUUGAUGAUGAUAGAAGGUCUGUGGAGUUUAAAAAGAUGUACUUAGAAAAUGAGGAAAGAUUUAUUAGACAAAUGGACCUUUUAACUCUCUUGGAGGAGAAAUGUUCAGGUGAGAUUCAAGUUAAGGCCAGUAUCUCAGAAUUGGAAUUUUUUAUUCCAGGACAUAAGAGUGUCUUUAUGGAUCACAGAACUCCGCUUUCCGAUAUUUUAAAAAUUCUGCCUACAGUAAUAUACUCUGGCUGUGAGAAAUGUAGGUGUGAACUUAAAACAGAUGAAAACCAAGUAUAUGAACAGUGUUUCUUCUGCCUCCCUUUCAACCAAGUAAAGACAUUUUAUAGACCAGCAUUGAUGACUACUGUGAGUGGGGAACAUGGGAUCUGCGUGAAUGUGCCAUCACAUAUUCUAGAGAAAAUUUUUCUAAAUAUAUCCCCUAACUUAUUGAAUAAGCCCAUAGCUUAUAAUAGAACUAUAAUGCAUUCGGUUAUUGUAGCAGACCUGUGCCACUCGCUUUUGGCAAAAACAGCAGAGACCUACUUACUGAAAAUAAGAACCAACUUUGUGCUGGAUGAAAACAGCAUUCCAAUUCAUCAGGAAUUUCAUCUAGUGGAUUUUCAUAUUGAGCUUUGAUGCUUUGUGCAAAACAAGUCAUUUCUUUGUAGCCUUCAAUCAUUUUUCAUACAUGAUUCCUGUAAGAAUAAACCAUAUUUAAUUUUUUUGUAAA